AGAAUGCUCCUUUUUAUUUUUCACGUUUAUAGACUUGAGCACUCAAAAUUGAUGUUACAAUUUGCAAAACUUAUCCAGGCUCCCCUCUUGAUUACAUAGAGUAAAUUAUUGUAUUGGGAUGGAACUUAAAGCAUUAGCUAAGGACAUUUAUUAAUACAAUACUUCUCAUUCUGGUAUUUUGUAGUAAUAGUUCUGGGUUACAUUAGAGAUUUUGACCAUUCCACAGUGACCUUUAGUUAAAAAGUAGACAAUCUCUUGAUGUAUUUAUACUGCUUCAGGGAAUUGUGUGUUACUGAUUUUUUUUCCAAGAGUACCAGCAUAUUAUAAAAUUUAACACAUUGGUUCUUUCAAAGCUAUGGCUUGUUGGGGCAAAUUUGAAUUGGUGAGCACAAAAAUCACAUCAUAAACCUAUUUACAUUACACCUUCCUUGUAGUUUUGUCUCGGUUACGGGAUCAUAAUCCCUAGAGGUAUCCUUUAGCAUUCCUCACACUUCCAUAUUUAUUUUGCUGGACCUGCACCAGCAUUUCUACAUAACUUUUUAGAUGAUUAGUAUCUUUCAAUUCUAUCUUAAGGGCAUCUAGAAUUUUUAAAAAAACUUCUCUAAUAACAAAUCAAAAAUCCCACUUGGCUUUUUGAUAUCAUUUGUUCUAAUUUGUUUUUUUUAAAUCAAGAGACUGGAGUAAAAGUUUCAAAAUGAAUCAAUCAAGCAGCUUAAAUUUUAAUUUUGUUGUAUAUGACACAAGAGACCAAUUCAACACUGAACUGAAUUAAUUUGUUGUCUCAGUUUUGCUAACCAACCUCUAACUUAUUCAUAUUUCAGGGUGCCUAUUGCUAACUCUCAGCCAAUGAUUUUUUACCUGGGAUAGCCAUUUGAUUUGUUCAGCAAACAAACUCAAAUGCAUUCAAUAUACAAUCCAUUUAAGUUUCAGAGGAAUCAAACUGGAGUAAUUUCUCCUAGUUGAAGACAGGGCAAUUUAUACAGCAAAAUGCAGAGUGAAGGAUGUUACAUAUAACUUAUGAACACAAAGUCAGUCUCAAUCGCUCACAUCGGUAUGUUCACCAAACUUGAUUGAAAGGGAAAUCGUCUGCUCAACUUGACUGUUGCAUUUUGUUUAUACAUUCACAAUAUGGGUGCCACAGGCAAAACCAGCAUGCAUGGCAACGUUUCCACUUGUCCUGAAGAAGGCAGAGCAGCCUGGUAUAUUGCACUUUGAUACGAGUGAAUUGUUUGCUUUAGUCUGACUACCCGACACAAGAACAUUCACAGAGGCAGAAGUAGGGCAGGCAGCCAGUCAUCCAAGCCUGCUCUGUUUCAUCAAAGUCAAGGCUGAUCUUCAACAUAAGUGAAAUUUCCCCACAGUAUCCUCAUAUGGCUUGAUUCCUUUAACAUGCAGAAAUUUAUCAAUCUCUAUUUUGAAAUAACUCAAUAACCGAGCACCAGAAAUUAAAGAUUUACUAUUCUCUAAAUGUCUCCUUUCCUCAGUGCUCUGUGACCUACAGCUUUCUCAGAAGCUCCAGGUUCCGGAUUCCUCAGCCAGGGAAAAGUCUCUGCAUGCAUCCAGCCUUAAGUUUAGAGCCUAUUAGAAUUCUGUGAGCUUUGCUGAAAUUCUCUCUCAUUUUUCUGAACUCUGGAGAAUCCAGGGCUAGUCUACUCAAUCUGUCCUCAUAUGGUAAAUCCCCAAGUCUGGCAGGAACUAGCCGUGUGUGUCAGUGUAGAGGGUGGUUGGCUUUGGAAAAACUGUGAGUCCGUAGACUUGGAUCAGAUUCAGCUGAGUUGGUACAGUAUUUCAGAAUUUUUUUUAAAAAUCAUCGCUGGAUGUGAAAUGUGCUUAGGGUGACGCUGCACUUGGGAGCACUGGGGAACUGAUAAUAGGAAGCAACCAUGAGCUGGAUGGACAGAGGUGGAAGCAUUCCUGUAGUAGGUGGGGGGUGGGGGGAGAGGACGGGUGUUAACAUGGAAGUUAACACUUCUGUGUUAACUGUGGGUCUGGAGUUGACCAUGUGCCUAAACAGAGUAAAGAGAAAUUUCCUUUCCUAAAGGCCAAUAAUGAAUCAGGUCGAUUUUUACAAGAAUUAGUUGGGUUUGUAUUAGUUAGUUAGUUAGCCUUGGAGCUAUAGAACGGGAUGAAGCUUUUAGUCUUGGGCAUUAGAAUAGGGGCCCAAAAACCCAAUCAUAACCCUGUAAUAAUUUAUGUUUAAAUUAUAGACAUUAAUUUUUGUUUCAUAUACAAGGACUUUCUUCUUCACCUAUAGAUUUUGAGUUAACUGUGCAAUGUGGGAAUAGAAAAUCAGUUUUCUUCCCUUUCAGCUUCUCCAGGUAGUGAAUCAUGUUGGUCUGCCAUUCUACAGAUGCAACCAGUUCAAUUCAACCUCACCCCAGUGACCAUUCUUCACAUCUGCACUUCCAUAUUGAAUGUAAUUCAACUGUGAAUGAUUUUAAUGACGGAGGUUCAAGUUGAAACGACUCAGCCGAAGGGCAGCGUCACAAACAAGCCUGAUCCUAUUACCCGCCAGUCUUCACUUUUACAUCUGUCAGGGCUGCUCUUACCAUCGAUUCGGAGUUAUAACCCAGUUCAUUUUUCCCUUCUUCACAAGGAGCUCUUUCUGAUUCCAAUCACCUCUAUUUGUGAUCUCGGAGCAAUAUCAGUAUUCGUGGCUCUGAUCUGAAAUCAUAUACUGUGUUAGUACUCCUAAAGAACGCUCGCAGUGUUUUGUAUUUUCAAUGUUUCCUUGGCAAAUGCCUCAAAGCAAGUUAAAACUGCGUACACACACAAAAAAAAUCACCGGGGCUUGAGUUAAUUAUUCUUUUAAAAGAACGCGGGUUUAAAAGGUUUUAGAGAAAAGGACCAGUUGUAUGUCCAAGAAGGCAGCUUUUAUUUCAGAAUUGACUCUGAAGUCUUCUAAUUGUUCCGUGGAAAUGAACUUGCUUGAUACCUUGACUCAGUCCUCCUUAUCUCCGAAAGGCUAAUAUUUAUCCGGGCCAUUUGUAAAGCACUCAGCCCUCCUUGGCAGCCGCGAGUCUCGUUGCUGACCUCUAGCCGGGGUUGAUUGACGUGCAGCGAGCUCCGGAGCGUCUCGCUGCCUGUCAUCCGCGAGCGCGAGCCCGAGCCCGAGCCCGAGGCGCGAGCAGCCGCUUUCGUGUUUCUCCUCUCACCUCCCGCCCCGCCUCUCCUUCCCCGCCCCUCCUCGGCCUAUCAGCGACUCCGGGAGUCGCGGCUCGGCUCUUCCCCCGCCGCUCUCCGAGUAAAGUCGCCCCGGAUUGGUCUCGCCGCGGGACGGCCAUGAUCGCUGGGAAAGGUUGCGCCGGGCUUUUCCCCGAAUUCCCUCCCGAAAUUUUGCCACUCAGAGCUGCGGGGACACCCGCGGUGCCAACCCCCCCGAGCAAAUACAACAACUAAUUCUAAUAAAGCAGCCGUGUCGGCACUGACCCCGAAAGCAGCCAGUGUCCAAUCAGAAAACAAAAAAGAAAUAUGCAAAUGAAAUGUAUCACGUUAGUCGGAGCGCUGAGGUCGACUCCGUACUAAACUUCGCAAAUAAUCAUUCUUCAUAAAUACUUCCUUUAGAGCCGGCCUUUCCUCUGCUGCCCCAGUUCACCAUCUGUUCCCAAUGAAAACAGUUUGUGUGCUUUUCCACCAUGAAUGAAGACUCUUCCAGAUCUCUCCUCUCUCUCAUCACCUCUCACCUCCUCCACCUCAAGAAAAAGUCAAUUUACAAGGAACUUUCUGUGUGUUGCAUUAUAAAGAUGUCUGCUUGACUUAAGUGGAUAGAAAGUGACAUGGAAUGGAUUAGUUGUUGAACAGUUUAAGUAUCAGUACCCGCUGAAGUGAGCACAUUUGGAACAAAGUGUUAAAUACUGCUGAGCAGUAAAUGCAACAAGAUGACUGAUCCCAUCAUGGACUUCUUGGAUGACGCCAAUUUGUUUGGUGGAGGACUAGAAGGAUUGACAGAUGAUGGAUUUUCACAACCUGGACCAGUUUCGUUGGUUGAUGAACUAAACCUAAGUGCAGAUUUUGAACCUUUGCAAGUUGAGCCAUUGCAUCAUGUACCAGAGACACAGACACCAGAUAAAAUUAACUUUGAACAAUUACAGACAUUUGAUUCAUUAAAACUUCAUCACGUGAACCAGCCAUUUAAUCUGGUGGGCAGCGGUAAUGAGACUAGUGUAUUGUCUCCACAUUCCCAAUAUCAUUGCUCACCUGAUCAUCAAAAUCAGACAAACGGGCUCUUUCCUUCUGCCCAUAGUGAGAAUAGUGCACAGUCGUUUGUCGAUGGAAGUCCAAUGUGGGGUCACCAAAGCCCUAUUUCAAAUCAAAAUGGAUCACCAUUCCAUACCUUGCAAGGACAUUCACAGUCCAUGCAGCAGAUGACCCCGUUUUUAACGCAUCAUGAUUUUGCUUUGCCUCAGUCGAACCAACAGCAGCAGCAAGCUGAGUCCAUGCACCCUCCGCAGACUCUUAACCAUUUCACUACAGGACAGAAAACUCUAAGUCAAGGCAAUCAGUUCAUGGGAGUCCAUGGGUCGCCUUCAUCUCACAUGACUCGCAUUGGCCAACCAACUACUACAGUUAGCUCAUCCACUCAGCGCCCUGCCACAGUACAGCAGUUCAGCCAGCCAGCCGCCACUGUGAAUCCCGUACAUCCUAUUCGAUUCACCAGUAGUGCCAACCAUGGCAGUGUACAUCACAACGUCAGCUACUCGAGCUCUUCACGAGAAAUGACUACUUGUUCUAUCAACAAUUCAAGCCAGUUUACCCCUCAGUAUUCCUAUCCUAAUAACAACCUGGCUAAUGGCAACAACCUGCCACCUACUACAAUACUUUCGACUCAUCAGCCAUCGCCGGGGAUGACAUGCUUCCCAGGGAGUGAUGCGUUCACAGUGCCAGCAGGGACCAACCAAGAAACAGUACAUCAUAUGCUCAGUCCCAACAGUCCUGCUAAGCAAAAGAUUUUAUCGCCUAUGCAUUCUGUAAACACUCAGGGAAAUUUCAGUCCUUCAAGUAUGUCCUCUGUUCAAACUGAUGUGCCAAUAACAACCAGCUCAGUGUCGAAAAUGAGAAUUUCUAAUGCAUCAACUCAAAGGAAACCAACGGGCAUUUCACCAUUACGGGGAAAUCCACUUCCACAGUGUCAGUCGCAUCCCUUGACGAGGAUGGAUACUGAGGAUGUUUUUCAGGACCAGCUGAUGACAUCUUUUGGGAACUCCGGUCUGCACCGGAGAGAUUCACCUCCUGUUCCAAGGCCAACUGUUCCCCAACAGGUACAGCAACAUCUAAACAUGCAACAGGACAUGGUUAUCCAGCAUCAAAUGCAUCAAGAAACAUCUGCCGCCAGUCACAUCCCUUCUCAACACUGGCAACCAUCGAUAGCCAGCCAGCAUCGGCCGGCGAAAGGAACUGUACAGCUGCAGCCACCUUCCUCCCAGACCACUGUUGAUGGUUCUAGUCCACAAGCAAAGCAGUUUGUCAAACUACAGAAUGCACAGCUGAUGACGGGAAACAAGCAGAAAAAUAAGGAAAUGCAGAACAAGCAAGAGAAGGCCAAUCGGAUCAUAUCAGAAGCAAUCGCCAAAGCAAAGGCACGUGGGGAGCAGAAUAUUCCCAGAGUCAUAAACCCAUCCUGUUUGUCCACUGGAUCUGCUCGAAAGGAAGAAAGGAAGUCAGGCAAAGGCAAAGCAAAGCAAAAGGAUAAAGAUUCAAAGAAUUCUCGAACUGGUUUAUGUUCCAAGCCAAAAGACAUCGCAAAAAUAAGCAAAAUCAUAAUCACACUGGGCAAGAAAAAGAAAAGGAGGAAUGAUUUGUCAGCAGAGGAGUUGGACUCUGAGCAUAUCUGCACACCAUCAAUAAAGAAAAGAAAGAAUGAUUUAUCAGCAGAAGGAUCUGAUACUGAACAGAUUCCCACUCCAUCAGUAAAGAAAGAAUCCAUCACUGGAUGUCAGAAAAGACGAUCAAACAGACAAAUAAAAAGAAAGAAAUAUAAUGAAGACAUUGGGAUGAAGGUUUCUGAUGAUGAUGAUGGCCUUGCUGCUAAAGGAAAAAGCAGGUCUGGUGUGGUUCUACCUGCUGAACAACCUGUGCAGUUAUUUGUGGAAAACCCAAGUGAAGAAGAUGCUGCAAUUGUGGAUAAAAUUAUGGCUUCAAGACUAGUGAAAAAAGAGGUGGCCAAUGGACAUAUGGCUGAUGUUGAAGAAUUUUUUGUUAAGUACAAAAACUACUCCUAUUUGCAUUGUGAAUGGGCCACAGAAGCACAGUUGAUGAAAGACAAAAGAAUACAUCAGAAAGUAAAACGGUUUAAGGUUAAACAAGCACAGAGAGGCCAUUUCUUCGCAGCGAUGGAUGAUGAGCCAUUCAAUCCAGACUACGUUGAAGUGGAUCGAAUAUUGGAGCACUCGUGUUGUGAAGACAAAGACACUGGCGAGGCCGUAGUUUACUACUUGGUUAAAUGGUGCUCACUGCCGUAUGAGGAUAGUACCUGGGAGCUUAGAGAAGAUGUAGAUCAAGCAAAGAUUGAGGAGUUUGAACGGCUGCAACAGGCAAAGCCUUCUCUGAAGCGUGUGGAGCGACCUCCUCCCGCUCUUUGGAAGAAGCUUGAAAAGUCCAGGGAAUACAAGAUUGGUAAUGAGCUCAGGGAGUACCAGUUGGAAGGAGUUAAUUGGCUCUUGUUCAACUGGUAUAACAGGCAAAACUGCAUUCUUGCUGAUGAAAUGGGUUUAGGCAAGACUAUCCAAUCUAUUACGUUCCUUGAUGAAAUCUCUCUGACGGGCUUGAAUGGUCCUUUCCUUAUCAUUGCGCCUUUGUCUACAAUUGCAAACUGGGAAAGAGAAUUUCGCACAUGGACAGACCUGAACGUCAUUGUUUAUCAUGGCAGUAUGAUCAGCAGGCAAAUGAUUCAACAGUAUGAAAUGUACUUCCGGGACUCAGAGGGCCGGAUCCUUCGGGGUACUUACAGAUUUAACGCCAUGAUAACUACUUUUGAGAUGAUCCUGGGUGGCUGUCCAGAGCUGAACGUAAUUGAGUGGCGUUGUGUGAUCAUUGAUGAGGCUCACAGACUGAAAAAUAAAAACUGCAAACUACUGGAAGGACUGAAGCUCAUGAAUCUGGAACAUAAGGUGCUUCUGACAGGAACUCCAUUACAGAACACAGUGGAGGAGCUAUUCAGCUUGCUUCACUUUCUGGAGCCUCAACGUUUCUCAUCAGAAAACACAUUCAUGCAGGAAUUUGGAGAUCUAAAGAGUGAAGCACAGGUGCAAAAGCUUCAGGCAAUAUUAAAGCCCAUGAUGCUGCGGCGUUUAAAGGAGGAUGUGGAGAAGAAGCUGGCUCCUAAGGAGGAGACUAUCAUUGAAGUAGAACUAACUAAUAUUCAAAAGAAAUAUUAUCGUGCAAUCCUGGAAAGAAACUUUACUUUUCUAUCCAAAGGAGCUGGACAGGCAAAUGUGCCAAAUCUCGUAAACACAAUGAUGGAGCUCAGAAAGUGCUGUAAUCACCCCUACCUUAUAAAAGGUGCUGAAGAAAAGAUACUUGGAGAGUUCAGAGAGAUCCAUAAUCCAACUGCUCCACAUUUUCAUCUACAAGCAAUGAUCCAGUCAGCUGGUAAACUGGUCUUAAUAGACAAGCUGCUUCCAAAGAUGAAAGCAGGGGGUCACAAAGUUCUUAUCUUCUCUCAGAUGGUGCGUUGCUUAGAUAUACUUGAGGACUAUCUUAUUCAAAAGAGGUACCCGUAUGAGCGCAUUGACGGGAGAGUUCGGGGGAACUUGCGACAAGCAGCUAUUGACCGAUUUAGCAAGCCUGACUCUGAUCGCUUUGUGUUCUUACUCUGCACGAGAGCUGGAGGUUUAGGAAUAAAUCUUACUGCAGCAGACACAUGUAUCAUUUUUGAUUCAGACUGGAAUCCUCAGAAUGAUCUUCAGGCUCAAGCUCGUUGUCACCGGAUUGGUCAGAACAAAGCUGUGAAAGUUUAUAGGCUGAUAACUCGAAACUCUUAUGAACGGGAAAUGUUUGACAAGGCCAGCCUGAAGCUGGGUCUUGACAAAGCUGUGCUGCAGAGUAUGAAUGGUCGAGAGAAUACUGUUGGUGGGAUGCAACAGAUGUCCAAGAAAGAAAUUGAAGACUUGCUUCGUAGGGGUGCUUAUGGUGCAAUUAUGGACGAAGAAGAUGAAGGUUCUAAGUUUUGCGAGGAGGACAUCGAUCAGAUUCUCAUGCGACGUACAAAAACAAUUACUAUUGAAUCUGAAGGGAGAGGCUCAACGUUUGCCAAGGCAAGUUUUGUUGCAUCUGGUAACAGAAGUGAUAUUGCUUUGGAUGAUCCGAACUUUUGGCAGAAAUGGGCAAAGAAGGCAGAAAUUGAUCUUGAAGCUAUACAUGGAAAGAACAGCUUAGUAAUUGAUACUCCAAGAGUAAGGAAACAGACCAGACCUUACAAUGCUGCUAAAGAUGAACUGGCAGAACUAUCAGAGGCAGAAAGUGAUGGUGAAGAUCGACCCAAACUACGUAGGCCCUAUGACCGAUCUCAUGCCUAUGGAAGAACAGAGUGCUUCAGGAUUGAGAAGAACCUGCUAAUUUAUGGAUGGGACCGCUGGAAAGACAUCUUAUCGCAUGGGCGGUUCAAGAGACGGCUGGUGGAACAGGACGUGGAGACAAUUUGUCGAGCACUCUUAGUGUACUGUCUUGCUCAUUACAGAGGAGAUGAAAAAAUAAAGAGUUUCAUCUGGGAUCUCAUUACCCCAACGGAGGAUGGGCAAACAAAAGAACUACAAAACCACUUGGGCUUAUCUGCACCAGUUCCGAGAGGGCGGAAAGGGAAGAAAGUAAAGAUCCAGGGAAGCACGUUUGAUAUGCAGAAGGCUGAGUGGCUCAGGAAGUAUAAUCCAGAACAUCUGCUACAAGAUGAAGGCUAUAAGAAACACUUAAAACAUCACUGCAAUAAGGUGCUUCUACGAGUAAGAAUGUUGUAUUAUCUGAAACAAGAAGUAAUUGGUGACCAAUUGGAAAAGGUGCUUGAUGGAGUGGAUGCAAGUGAGAUUGAUAUCUGGGUUCCUGAGCCUGAGCAAUCUGAGAUCCCUGCCGAGUGGUGGGACACAGAUGCUGACAAAUCUCUGCUCAUUGGGGUCUUCAAACACGGCUAUGAGAAGUAUAACACAAUGAGAAAUGACCCAGCACUCUGUUUCUUGGAGAGAGUCGGCAAACCCGACGAGAAGGCGAUUGCAGCAGAACAGAGGGGGAAUGACACCUUUGCUGAUGGUGCAGAGGGGUAUGGUCACUCUCAAUCAACAUGGGAUGGUGAAGAUCCAGAAUAUAAACCAACUCAACCCUUAUUCAAGGAUGAAAUGGAGGAUGUUGCAUCUUCUCCAGGCGAUCUGAUGAUUACAGAUGGUUCUUUGGGCGAAGGUGAUCUGUUGUAUUGGCCACCAGCAUCUGCUUUAACAACCCGACUGCGUCGACUUGUAACUGCGUAUCAACGGAGUAACAAGAGAGAACAGGUCAGACAGGAAGCCCAAACAAAAGGGGACAGGAGACGAAGACUAUGUGCAGACACCGUAAAAGCUAAAGAGGCUGCUAAAAUUGAGAAGCAGCAAAGGUGGACGAGGCGAGAAGAGGCUGAUUUUUACAGAGUCGUGUCUACUUUUGGUGUUGUUUAUGAUCCAGACAAGCAAAAAUUUGAUUGGACCAAGUUCCGAGCUAUAGCCAGAUUGAAUAAGAAGACAGAUGAGAGUUUGCAGAAGUAUCUUUAUGCUUUCGUUGCCAUGUGUCGAAGAGUUUGUCGUCUUCCCCCCAAAGAGAAAGAAGAACUUCUCGAUCCACCCAUUUUCAUACAACCUAUCACAGAAGAGCGAGCUUCCAGGACACUGUAUCGGAUUGAGCUGCUCCGAAAAGUGCGGGAACAAGUUCUUCGCCACCCACAACUUGACGAGCGGAUAAAACUCUGCCAGCCGGGCCCAGACUUGCCUGAGUGGUGGGAGAGCGGAAAGCAUGAUAAGGAAUUACUCAUUGGAGCAGCCAAGCAUGGCGUCAGCAAGACUGAUUACCAUAUUUUCUGCGAUUCUGAGCUAUCCUUCAUGUUAGCCCAGAGAAACAGUAGCCAGAACAAAAUAGCCCAGUCGAGAAGUUCAACGCCACUCUUGCAUCAUCAGUACCCAUCUUCUUCCUCGCCUCUGCAUUUGCAGCCCAAGGUGCAGGAUAAAAAAAGUCAGCCUGACACUGAAAGUGUAAAAUGUGAAAAGAACGCUGUUGUCAAGAAGGAACCACCAGAUUCGUCUGAUGAUGAGGUUACAAUGGACGUUGAAGUUAAGAGUAAAGUGAAAUCGCAUUUCAACUUGCAGGUGCAGAACAGGUUAGACAAGAAAGCUGGCAUUAAGUUGGACCCUGAUCCUGAUGGGUGUAUGGUUGCAGCAAGGACUCAGCCCCUAACACCAAACUCAGUGCUCAACAAACGAAAAGCAAACCGACAACGUUCGGACUCAAGCUCUGACUCAGAGUCGGACUCUGACAAUUCUUCGUCAUCGUCACCUUCGUCAUCCUCUUCGUCAUCCUCGUCCCAGUCUUCAUCUUCCUCUUCAUCCUCGUCGUCGUCAUCGUCAUCCUCUUCGUCCUCAUCAUCCUCGUCCUCUUCCUCCUCAUCGUCGUCGUCCUCUUCUGAUGAUAGCGAUAGUGAUAGCGAUGAUAAGCAGACCACAGCAGGUAGUAAAGCACCACAGCACUUGAAGCCCUAUGAUGAAGAUAGUGUAGCAUCUCUCAGUAUUGCACAUGAUGAAACACAGGACAGCUUUCUACCAGACAGUGGAAAGCCUGAUACCCAGUUCCUGCAAGAAAGGCAUAGGUUUGCUGCCUCCUGCUGGCCAAAGGAUCGUGUAAUGAUCAACAGAAUUGACAGCAUAUGCCAUGCAGUGUUGAAAGGAAAUUGGAUUCCAUCAAGAAGAAGUUACGAUUACAACGCUGUGACAUCUUCUUAUACAACAAAAUUACUUGAUAGCCCUUCUGCCAUGGGAGAUUUCAGCGAUUCUGCUGUUGUCACAUCAGGAAGCCAAGGCGUUAAAGAAGAUAAUUCUCUUUUGUCGCAGUUCACAAAGGUGAAGAAGCAUGUGCGAGAAAAGGAGUUUACAGUGAAAAUCAAUGACGAAAGUGGAUUGAAGUUAACUUUUCAGAAGCAAAGACUCACUCAGAAGAGAGCUCGAGAGACUGAGGAAGGAACUUCAGAUCAGCAUCAGUAUAUGGCACAGCUGCACGACUUGUACUCUACUCCUGACAGCAGUCAAGAAUUGGCUGUGGACUUCUCAAAGUCUUUAAUGGGAGCUGGGAGCUCCAUUCCCUUGUCAUCCUCAGUGGUAUUCAAUACCAGUUUACCUGGCAGCAUCUCCACAGCGAUCCCCCAUCCUAAAUCAGCAUUAGCAGGUGCUUCUCAGCAGAUCACAGGACACUGCACAAAUGGAAUCCUAUUGGAUGCCCAGCCAAUUGUUAAAAAGAGAAGGGGAAGAAAAAAGAAUGUGGAAGGAUUGGACAAUCUUUUCAUGAACCGGAACAAAUCAUUACAACCUGCUAAUGCUGAAUUUGUCAACACACAAUCAGCAUUUAAUGCAUGUCAUGGGCAGUUUCAUGCUGAAAGUCGUGUCUCAGUUAUUAAUGUGAAAGAUGGCACCAGGCUCACAGGAGAAGAUGCUCCAAAGAGGAAGGAACUGGAAGAGUGGCUCAAGGAACACCCAGACUACGUGACAGAUGUGUCAGCCCACAUUCCAAAAACCAACAAACCUGAGAUUGCGAGUGAGCGACCAAAGCAAAAGAGACAUCGGUGCAGGAACCCCGACAAAAUAGAUGUCAAAAGCUUAACUGGAGAAGAACGUGUGCCUGUUAUAAAUCGAAGAAAUGCAAAGAAGAUGGGUGGCUCACUAGCUCCUCCAAUUAAGGACCUGGCAAGGUGGUUACAGGAAAAUCCAGAUUUUGGAAUUGCUCCAGAAUGGACAAAUGUGGUAAAGCAGUCGGGAUUUUUACCAGCAAAUAUGUUUGAUCGCAUCCUUACUGGACCUGUUGUCCGAGAGGAGGUGAGUCGAAGAGGCAGACGUCCAAAAAGCGAGCUCACCAAAGCUGCGGCUGCAGCCGCUGCUGCGAUGACAGUCAACCCUUUGAUCUCCAAUGGACUUCUUGCUGGAAUGGACUUAAACAGCCUCCAAAGCUUGCAGCAGAAUCUCCAGAGCUUACAAUCUUUCCAACUGACAGCGGGAUUAAUGGGAUUCCCACCAGGCCUUCCCUCUGCAGGAGGAGAAACUAAAUCACUGGCUUCAGUGUUCCCUAUGAUGCUUUCUAACAUGGCGGGGUUUGGAAUGGGAGGAUUGUUAAACAAACCAUCGGAAGCUGCUCCAGAGGACAAGAAGGGAAGUAGCAACAUGGACUCCCCUAGACCAACAGAUGGGACAAAUGAAAGGACAGAGAAACCAAAUCUGGAUGUAUGUAGUGAACUAUCUGUGUCAAAUUCUGCUACGUCCUCUCCUAAGAAGCUGACACCAACCACAAGUGCUUCUGCCUCAGCAACAGCCAGCAAUCCUUUGGCUAUUAAUCCACUGUUGUUGUCGAGCAUGCUUUAUCCGGGCAUUCUACUCUCUCCAGGCCUUAACAUACCAAUCCCAGGAUUCCCACAGACCAAUAUGUUUGAUGUGCAGACUAAUAAAAAUUCAGAAGUAGCCAUGUCCAAACCUACAAGAGAGACUGUAGAGCAUCAAGAGGGAGCAGAACACAAUUCUUCACAUGAAAAUAGUGGAGAUGAUGCAUCUGAAAAAGCAGCAUCUUCAUCUACCAGUGACAAUGCAACUCAGCCAGAUGAUUCAGGGUCCAGUGAAGAAGACUGAACUUGAAAAUAUAUAUUUAAUCUUACACUGGAACAGCUUCAUCCUGGUCAUAUUAAUGGUUCAUUUGUAAAUAAACCCAGUGAUGAUUUGAGGGAAAAAAAAUCAUCUGUAAUUAACUGAAAGGGGUUUAAUAUCUAUUUAAAAGGUACAAAUAUUUAAAGGUACCUUGCAUGUAAAGUUGUUUUGGAGGCUAACAGAACCCAAGUGUGCACUCAGUUGUAACACACUGAAGCAUCACAAUGCUAGUUGUUAAUUUUUUUAGGGGAUUAAUUUUAAAUAAAAGAAAUAUGCACCAGGAGAGCCGUAUAUUUAAUAUAUUUGGUGUGAACUAGGGAAAAUGAAAGUACCUUUAUGCAUAUCGUAUUAAGUUACUGUAUAUAAACCCACAAAGACCUUGACACUCAUUUCAGUACACAGAUCAAACUGCAGGAGACACAGCAAUAACCCUGGCAGCUAAUGAAUGUCAUUAAAACUGUAGAAUAUACACCUUGAUAAUGCAACAUGGCAACAGUCAAAAUGGAAGUUCACAUUUUAUUGCUAAAGUGUUGUGAUGCACUGUCAGUUUUAAAAAUUCAGGUACACUUCUGAGUUACUUGGAAGAUUUGUUUUCCCAAUCAGCCAUAAAAUUGGCUAUUUAUUUAUUACCUCAGCUGUGCUAGUUUAGAUGGUUUAAAGAAGUAAUUUCUAUAAUACUUGCUUUGUUCGCAGUUUUGCAAAAUGUGGCAUUUAUUACAUUAUGUAGCUGGUUGUAGUGAGUGCUUUCACCUUGCAUGUGUUCUUUUAACAAUUAAAAGGGGGCAAGGUAUCACGGGAAGUCAAACUGAUAUGUGUAGUAUAUUCUGCCUCGUCAUUCAUUUCAAAGGAAUGAUUGAUUGGUGUCUCAAUAUAUAGACAACAGAAAUAGGAAUUGUCCAAAAAGGGUACUUUGGUCCCAAUAACAUUAUUUAACUUUCUCUUUGUGGAUAUAUGAGGAGCUGUCUGGUAAAUUAACACAAAGCAUUCGUGCCGUAAGUCAGUAUAGGAAGCACUGUGUUUUUCAAAUGAAAGUAGACGAGGAGGUGAAGCUUUUAUUCUACAGUUUUCAGUGUUUAUUAUCACUGCAGAACAGUGUAUUGGUUCACUGUACUGAAAAUGAAAUAGUUUCCACUGCAGUGAAAUUAUGUUUGACACACUGUCAUUCUUUCAUGGGAACCAUGCCAUCUUUUAUUAGUAAAGGGUGUGUGUAUGCGCAGUACAAUUAAACAUAGAUCCCCAGCAACUAUAAUUUACCAGCAUCAUACAACAAUUUACAGUGGGAGAAAAAGGCUGCUUUAGGUUGAGCAUCCAAUACUGCUUUUGAUAAUAAAGUAAAUGUCUCCUGAUGCAAAAAGCUCACCAGGGCAAUAGAACUAGUAGAAUAGAGCUCCAUUAUCUGUACAUUUCUUUGCUUGUGAAUUGUCUGUACAGUUCAAUUUAUUACACUAACAUAAAUGCACAGUCAUUUUAAUUGAACACAAGGUUUCCAUCUUUGAAGUCAUUAAUGUGACUGGAAAAAUCAUCAUCAAAAGCUGGUAUUAAAUUGUGUAAAGCAGUGUUAUAUGCACAAGUACCCACAUGCUAGAAGCAAAGGCGAUUAAAGCUGUUUGCAGUAUUGAAAAUUUAUAUUGGUUUUGCAGUUAGAAAUGUAUUUAGAGUUUACAAAGAGUGGUUUAAUAUGCAGUCAUUUUGUUUUUAAAGCUGUUAUAUCCCACUUUUUUAAAAAAUGUCUUUUCAGAGACCAAUCUCAUUCACAUCUAUCAAAAAAAACUCAGUGCAAGCCACAAUUUUGCUGUAGGGUAUGUUCCUAUAAGGUGUGUAACUUCAUUUCAAAUGAGUGCAUGUGCAAGAGGAAUGGAUGGGUCAGUACCAAAACAAAUGAAUUUGGACCUUGAUCUUCUGGGUUACUUGAUUAAUGUAUUGUAUGAUUUGUACAGUAUUUAUCAGACAUUAUCAUAUUUCAUUGAUGAAAUGGGAGGGGUGUUUAUGUUGCAAAUCUUCACAAAUAAAUUGGUAUUGUUAUAUACCCCACUGAUUUCCAUUCUAAACUGUGUAAGAUUUUAUAUAGAUUAAGAUAAGAUUGUGACAGAUGGGUGUGCUAAGAAGGAGUGAAUUGCAUAUUUUACCAGAUAGUUGCAAGAAUCCAGAUUUAAAUAAUUGGUAAUUAUUACAAAGAAAUUUGCAAUUUUAAUAUUCACAUCAACCCUUUACAAACUGUAAUAUGUGAGAUAGUAUUUAGAUUUUUCAAAUACAAUUUGUACAUGCCACCUGAAAGGAUACUACAGCUUUAAAAAGUAUGCAGACUGAGUGAGAAUACUUAAAAAGACAUUUGAACAGUAAUUUUGUAAUGCUAAAUCACAGGCAGCAUUAAACUAAGUUAUAAUGUGCUGUUUUCUUUAUAUACUGAAUUGCUCCUUCUGUCGGAAAUGAAGCAUUACUGUAUAUAAAUGUCUUUCCCCGAGGUCUAGCAACUAAAAGUAUUUUUUGCCAUUACAUUCUUACAGUGGUGAGAUCCAAUAGACCAUAGCUUUCAAAUACAUAUGUAAAAUGACACAUUGUCUCCUUUUGCCUCCAGUUUAGAUUUAAUUUCCAUUUUUUAAGGAAAAACUGACCCAACAGUUGUGUUCAAUGAUUUGACAUUGGUCCUAUUUUAAUACAAAAGAUUAUCCACAGAAGUAAAGUUAUAGGAGACGACAACAAUCAGUGACUGAUGUCGUGUCAGUCAACAUGAGCAAACACAAAAAGGAUUACACUAAUAUUUGCUGCCAUUAACAGGAUCAGUGAUGAGUUGGUAAAUUGAAUAUGUGUAUAGUUAGUUAUGUAAGUCACACUUUGGUAGCUGCUCUGACCAUGUAAUUACAUUGCUGGAGGCUUGAUGAUUAAGUCUGUUUUUAUUUUGGACAAUUGCAGUACUUGCAGGUUGUAUUCUGUGUAGUCUGAAUUGGCUUUCUGUAGUACAAUGAGUCUUAAGUCAUUUGUAAUUUAUUGAAUUACUUUCUAUGAAGUUCUAUAGAGCAAAUGGAAGUUUAAUUAUUUUUAUUAAACCUAUUCUUUGACUACCCAUGCUGUAUGUUUGUGUAUGCUCAUUUAAAAUGUGAAAAAUUUUAAUUGAAGAAAUAGUACAUCUUUUUAGUAACUGGAGAUGUGAAAAGGGGUGGGCUGUGGGGGAAACUUUGCAGCAGUUGUUUAUGGGGAUAAAGAUCUACAUUGAUGUGUAUGGUAAAUCAGUAUGUGAUUUCAAAUGCUGUAUUUCAUAAGAAUCUUGUACAAUUGUGCAAAUGCCUAAAAUUUAUUAUUUAUUCCUCUUUACCAUGGGCAAACAGUUAAUUCCAUCAAGCCUGUCAUCCUUCAACACGUAUGUUUGAGAGUCUAGAACCUAAUUGUGUAUGAUUUUGUUGUCCACUUGCCCAGCGACUGUCUAAAUCAAUUUAUUUUGUAUUUUUGCAAGGCCAAUAGUUUGGAAAUUAUUAUCGAUCUGUAUAGUUAUGUUCCUGUGCUGUGGUGGAGUUCCCUGGUAUGUGGGGUAAUGAACAGUGUAAAAUGAAAUUAUACAACCUGAAGGCUUAAACUCUGCUGCAUAUUGACAACCAUGUUUCAAUUUUCUUUUUCCAUAUGGGAUGCUUUAAGUGAGAACCCACUUAGUGUAAAUUUAUAGAUUUUAGGACAGAUUCAGGUCAGAUAUAUUUAAUUCAUGGAUAUGACCUGCAUUGGACUGCUAGUACCCCAAAUAUUACAUCAGCUUGGUUCCAUUCCUGACCACUAGGUUAUUAUUCAACACAUUUUUGUCCCGCGGUGGCAGGAUUGACAAUAAGUGCAAGACUUGAAACUGCAAUCUACUAUCUUAAAGGCCAGAGAAGAAAGUGGCAUCUUGAUCAGAAACUACACUGCGUCAGGAAAGAAACCCAUCAUGUCAAAUGGAAAGAUCUACUGCAACAAUCCCAGCAUCCUUGUUGCAACUUAUCGCCAGUAUGAGGGAAAACACCAUAAACAGUAACUGUUGGUUUGUUUACCAUAUGCAGAUGGUCGAAACUUGUCUCCUAAUACAAGAGCUCUUCUUCAAGAGAAUUUGAAGGUCAGAAGAAAUACUCAACCAUUUUAGGU